GAAAUUGGGCUUCGUUGCAAGACCUGUAUACAAGACCGUGCUCGUCGCCUGCGGUCACGCGCGUCGUUAUUGUGAACCCGUGUGUUGUGAAUUGUGAACCAACCAUGAUAUGAUAUCAGAACGUUGUUUUGUUUUUUUUUUCAACUCGGCAUUUUGCUCGGCUCGGCGGUCGUUGACGCGCGAGCAUUGCAGGUUGCAGCGUUGUUGGUUACUGCGCGACGAAUUGAUGAUGAUAAAAUACAUAAGACAAAAAUAACUUGCGCACUGGACGGCGGAAGCAACGUAUUUUUAUCUGUUUCGCCAUAAACCGUCAACGAUAUUCGCGCUAAAAAAUUCUUUCAAUAAUUCGCUGAAUGGAUAAAUAUUCUUAUUGAAUUGUGUCGGACGUAGUACAAACACGUUGAUUUCACAUAUUCGACAUGACCCUGUUUCUUCCAACGAGGAGAGAACCAUUUUGGAAGGUUCACAAAAAUUUCAUUGAAUCAAAGGCCGAGCCAAAGAGCGGACGUUGUACCCGGCGACGUUUGAUUUUAUCCCAGUCGUUGAUCCUCCUAAUAAGUUUAGUAAUCGCCUCGUCGUUUAUUCUGUUAAUUUCAACGAGGAGCGCAUUUGAAACGUCUUCGGCUAGAUCAAACGAAACAAACGGUAUAUCCAUAAAUAAACGACAAAGGUUGGCAGGAUGCUCGACGAUCCCUGAGAAUGAACGCUUCGAUUGCCAUCCCGAGGAUGGUGCCUCCGAACUGUCGUGUACGGAUAGAGGUUGUUGUUGGAGUCCCACGAAGAGAAGAUAUUCCCAGAGAUUGCGCAAACUUCCUCUAGACGUGCCUUACUGUUAUUAUCCGCAGGACUGGAGUAUUUACAAAGCUGCAAACAAGACACCGAAUAACCCCAUGUUUUAUGAAAAUUGUGGCAAAUCUUUCUACAAAAAAGAUAUUAGGUUGAUCAGAAUGGAUGUGUAUUAUAUAGAAGGCUCGAUCAUACGAGUAAAGAUAGUCGAUGCUCUCGAUAAGCGCUACGAGCCACAUAUACCAAUUGAACGAGAAUCGUUACCUGGCAACACAGCGAAUCUAAAAUAUUCGAUCGAAAAAAGUUCCCGUGCUCCUGGUUUUUCCAUCAAAAGUACGAGCGAUGAUACGGUUUUGCUGGAUUCGAGCAUCGGCGGAGGAUUUAUAUUCGCCGAUCAGUUUCUACAAAUUUCCUUUAGAUUGAACGAAGGUAGCGUCGUUUAUGGUCUAGGGGAGCAUCGAAAUCGAUUACGAUUGAGCACGAAAUGGCAAAGUCAGACAUUCUUUAACAAGGAUCAACCACCGACGGAAAAUGCCAAUUUGUACGGAUCACAUCCUUUUGCCCUCGUUAUGGCAAAACCCGGUCAAUAUUUUGGAUUGCUAUUUCUCAACAGCAACGCCAUGGACGUUAUUCUCCAACCGACUCCGGCUAUAACGUAUAGAAGCAUCGGUGGCAUCUUCGAUUUUUAUUCCUUCAUGGGACCGUCACCCUCGCAAGUGAUCGAGCAAUAUUCUCGGGUGAUUGGUAAGCCUUUUAUGCCGCCGUACUGGUCAUUGGGUUUUCAUCUGUGCAGAUUUGGCUACGGAACUUUGGACGAAACGAUACGCGUCUGGAACAGAACGAGGGCAGCCGGGAUUCCGUUCGAUACUCAAUGGAACGAUUUGGAUUACAUGAAAGAAAAUAACGAUUUUACGUACAAUACCGACAAGUUUGGAAAAUUACCCGAGUUUGUGGAGCAUCUUCAUGAGAUAGGAAUGCACUAUGUACCGUUGAUAGACGCAGCUAUUUCGGGUUCCGAAGCAAACGGUUCAUAUCGCCCGUACGACGAGGGUAUACGCCGUGACAUAUUUAUAAAGGAGGCAAACUCGACUUUACCGUUUAAAGGAAAAGUUUGGAAUACGCGAUCGUCGGUUUGGCCGGAUUUUACAAAUCCGGCGGCUCUGGAUUACUGGCACGACAUGAUGAACGAUAUGUGGCGGAUGUUUCCGUACGACGGCGCUUGGAUCGACAUGAACGAGCCAUCCAAUUUUUACAACGGCAAGAUAAACGGGUGUGAAAAUAACGAUCGCGAUAAUCCGAUCUACGUACCGAGAGUCGUCGGUGAUGUAUUGGCGACGAAAACGCUCUGUAUGAACGCUCAACAUUAUCUUGGCUCGCACUAUAAUAUUCACAAUACUUAUGGGACGAGCGAGGCCGUUGCAACCAAUCGUGCGUUGACGAAAAUUCGAGGGCUUCGACCUUUCGUUAUUUCACGGUCGACGUGGGUUGGUCAUGGAUUUUACGCGGGCCACUGGUCAGGCGACAUUUAUUCCUCCUGGCACGAUAUGAAAAUGAGCGUGGCUCAAUUAUUGAACUUUGGUUUUUUUCAAAUUCCCAUGAUGGGUGCGGAUAUUUGUGGAUUUGACGGUAAUACGACGGAGGCACUGUGCAAUCGGUGGUCCCAGCUAGGAGCGUUUUAUCCAUUUUCACGGAACCAUAACAGCGACGACACUAUCGAACAAGAUCCCGUCGCGAUGGGUCAACUGGUCGUUGAAUCAACGAGAAAAGCUCUCACGGUUCGUUAUCGACUUUUGCCACAUCUUUACACCCUUUUUUUUCGUGCCCACGCAUUUGGCGAGACUGUAGCGCGACCGCUCUUUUUCGAAUUCAGCAAUGACUCAGCGACCUGGGAUUUGGAUACUCAAUUCCUUUGGGGGAACUCUUUGAUGAUCGUACCGGUAUUAGAGGAGGGAGCGACACGAGUUACCGCUUACGUCCCGAAAGGUACUUGGUACGAUUUUUAUGAAAAGAAGCGUAUAUUAUCGAGGGGUGAAAACUACACGCUCGAAGCACCUCUCGACACAAUACCUUUGCUCGUGCGCGGUGGAUAUAUCCUACCGGCUCAAACGCCGUCUAAAACGACCACCGAGAGUCGUGAAAAUCCUUUCGAAUUGUUAAUCGCGUCCGAUGAUCUGGGCCUGGCUGAAGGUGAAUUAUACUGGGACGACGGUGAUAGCCUUGACGCUACCGAAAAAAAAAAUUAUCGUUGGUUGCGUUUCAACCUGGUGAAUCGAACAGUUUCCUGUAUCCAAGCGAAACCUGGCAAAUACGCGGGAAAAAUGACGCUUGGAAAAGUUGAAGUGUUGGGUGUUGUCGAGCCGGUUACGGAGGUAUUCGUCAAUGAUAAAAAGACUCGAUUCAUUUACGACGAAGCCCGAUCGUAUCUGACCGUACAAGAUCUUGAGGUGGACUUGGCGCAUAAAAUGCGGCUCUCGUGGAUAUGAUUGUCUUUCCUAGUCGGCAUAAUGCGACGUACUCUGAUUUUCUAUUGCCAUUUAUAAUAACUACUAUUAUACCAAAUAACUACUAUUCUUACCGCACAAGCGGAUGUUUUUACAGUACAUACUUUCAUGAUUAAUAAACAUUUUGACGAAAAAAAAAAAAAAAA